AUGUUUAUAGAUAUUUCGAAUAUUGAUUUAUUUCGAUUUGAAUCAAUUAAUGAUUUCGUUACACAUUCUCUUAUAUCAAUUGAACAAAUAAAACAAUUAUUUGAUGAUAAUCAAGGUAAAUUUCCACUUCCAAUUCAACUUGAACAAUUUGUUCUCGAUCAUAUUCUUCAAUUAAAUUCGAAAAUACUUAAACGUGAAACAUUUCGUGAUGAAUUUCUUAUUGAUUUAUAUACAUCAUUUUUAAAUGAUUUAUUACAUUGGUCAACUUAUAUUCAUAAACAAAUUGUUUGUAUUCUAACAUUAAUUCAUGGUCUUUUAUGUCAAAUUGAACGAACAAAUAAAAUAAAUUCUAUAAAAUUAGAUGAAGCAUUUAUUCAUUCAUGUUCAAUUCUAAUGGACGGAAAUGAUCAGAAAAAACCGAUUUUGUUUAAUUCUCAACAAUAUCGAAAAGUAAUUGAUUAUAUUAUUCAAAUAAUUUUUCAGCAUCGACAUCUUUAUGAAACAUUACUUGAUGAAAAGCCUCAACAAAUUGAAAAAAUUGAAGAAAACAGAACAAUCGAUUUUCGUUUAUUCAAAGAACCACUUUUUCCUUAUCCAUUAACAGAAGCUCUUCCUUUAUCUAUUUAUCGUGAAAUUAUUCUUCAAAUUUCACCAACUCCAUUAUCCAUUGAUGGAACUGAUCUUGAUCAAGUUUCACGUGAAUCAUUAUCAGUUACAACAGUUGCUAAUGAAGAACCAAAUCUUGAUCUGAAUGAUAUGAUUGAUAAUAUCAAUCGUCAAUAUCCAAAUGUAAUACGUGAUCAAAUUCGACAAAUAUUUGCCGAAGUUUCACAAGAAUAUCUAUCUCAACAUAAUGAAAAUAUUCAAUAUAAAUUAAGAGAAAAAGAAAUUUCACUCUUAUCGAAAUUUAUUAAUUUACAAUUAAUAAAUAAAAAUGAAUAA